CCAUUUCACGACCUUGUCGUCGGGGAAAAAAAUAAUAAUAAAUAAAUAAGAAAACCACUUCACCUCUUCCUUCCGACAGAGUCACUGAAGAACCAGAUAUUACUGCAACAGCACCACACUCAAAUGCCACGCCAGUCUCUCUAAAUCCAAUACUGAAGUACCCAUUAGCUCAGAAGUUCCUACAACGGUAAGCCAAGGAUUAGGAGGCAAAUGGGUGUUUCUAUGGAGUCUUGGUGCUUCUGCAAAGGGAUGAGCAAGACGAAGAGAAUGAAGGCCGCCAUUUUCUCUGGCAAAGCCACGGCCUUGGCUAGCAUCUCUGGCACCACCAACAGAAUUCACGGGACUGGGUUUCUGAUCCACCGGAAUCUGCUUUUGACUACCCACGUCAACCUCCCGUCAGUGGCUGCGGCGGAGAGCGCUGAGAUCCGCCUCCAAAACGGCGUAGGUGCCACUCUUGUUCCUCACAGAUUUUUCAUUACCAGCUCUAUUUUAGAUCUAACAAUAGUUGGCUUAGAUGCCAUUUAUGGGGAAUCAAGUAUCCAGGGCCCGCAACCUCAUUUCUUGAAGACGUGUUCAAAACUGAAUCUUCAUCUGGGCAGCAUUGUCUACCUUCUAGGCUACGCAGAGAAAGAAGAACUCACAGUAGGUGACGGAAAGCUGGUAAUAGCCACUGACAAUCUCAUAAAACUGUCAACUGAUGGAAUAAUAUGGAGUCCUGGGUCUGCUGGAUUUGACAUACAAGGGAAUCUUGCAUUCAUGAUCUGCGACCCUAUGAAACUAGCCACCUCUCCAAAUACCAAAUCCUCUUCAACAUCUUCUUCAUCCUCAUCAUCGUGGAAGAAGGAAACUCCAACACAGUUUGGCAUCCCCAUUCCCAUAAUUUGUGAUUGGUUAAGCCAGCAUUGGGAAGGCAGCCUUGAUGAAACAACUAAAUCCAAGCUACCAAUUAUUAGAUUGAUGUCCACAGGCCUGAAGAGUGAGCAAUCUUGUGCUUCUUUCACAAUGAGGCAGGUUUUUAAGUCUACAGAAGCAUAUUAUGAUGCGACUCCCUCAUCAUCAAAUAUAAUCUCAAAAGCUAGGGACCAACAGGGACCAAGUUGUUCCACUGCAGCAAACACUGUUAAAGAAGAAGCAAAGUCUGAUCCACAAGCUACCCAUGUGCAAGGAAUCCCAACCCCAGAAAUAUAUGAAUCACCCAAGUUAACUGCAGUUCCUGUUAAGAAGAAAGAGACCAGCCAAAUACAGCUUUUGGAUAUAAAUUUCCCUCCAAGGAUUGCGAAAGCUGCAACACUUUCACAGCCAGUAAAACGAUUGCUCUUGAACUCUGGUGUGAACGAUGUCAAAGAAGAAAUUCCUCCAAGAAGCCCACCACAUGAAGAAAAUGAAAUCAAUAAUACAGGUGAAUUCAGUAACAGUGCAGAUGCUGAGGUUUCCUCAACUGGUUCUGUUAAUGGUGCCCAAAGUGAGGUGCAUUCUAGUUCACCCCCCACUGAGGUUUCAGGGAUGCAGAAUGGAUAUAGCAGCGAGGUGGAGACGAUGUACUCUGCUGAAACGGCUGAGAGUCGGAACUACACAAGUCCCAGAGAGGGGAAGUUCCAACAAGUGGGAAGGAGCCAAAGUUGUGUUGGUUACAAUAUGUGGGGAGCUGUUCAGAGGAAUCCAUUGGCUCAUAAGACAUCACUGGAAAAGCAGAGAAGCUUUGUUCAUGGGAGAAAGACAUAUUCACCAGGCGCAACUUCUCAAAGGAGUAAUGACUACUUCAGCCCCACGGUUGCUUCAAUCAUGAAGAAACGAAACUCAGAACAGCCAAGUAAACCCCGGCAAAAUUCUGUUCAUUCAUCCCCAAGAUGGAUGUUUUGAUUUGUCAUCCCACCACAAAUAUAUAGAUCUUUCUUUAUAGUGUCUAAAUGGAUGCCCUCCAUGCUUGUAGUGUAGUGCAACCCAAUUGUUUGUCACAUUGUGCAGACAGGUAUAAAGUGAAUGAAAAACUCAGCUGGAUUGGUUAUAGAACUUGUAAUUCUACCUGGUGAUUAAAAAUGUCCUUUCAGA